CCGCAUCCGUCCCGCUUCUCUUGCUCUUACGAUCUUUCUUCGCACGCGAGGAUCCUGGGAAAACAAACUUUCUGUGACGAACCGCGGGCCGCAUAGGACCGAGGAAUACUCUGAACUUUUGCCGAACUUUUUUGUGCUUGGUUUUUGUUUCGAAGGAGAAUAGAAGAUUUAUCGAAUGAAGAUGAUGCGUAUUUUGUUUGUGGUGUUGUUGUUAUGUUCAGGAGUCUUUACGAUGGUGGCCGCAGAAGAUAUCUUUAAUCCAGAGAGCGAUGAGGUCUUCGGUUCGACAACACCGUAUGAAGAUGAUUAUGAGGAAGUGCCUUCUACUCAUAUGCCUCAUUUGUUAUCAUCCUCAAGCUUAAUUGAAGCAACUAUUGGAGAAGCUGUUACAUUCCCUUGUGAUGUCGAUGAAUUAGGUGUUUAUGUGCUUAUGUGGAAAAAGGCACCAAGCCGGCUCUUAUAUGCUGGAGAUCUGAGGAUUUGGCUGGAUGAUCGUAUAAAAUUGAACAAAACUUCUCUAGUGAUAUCUUCUGUUUUGCCCAAAGAUAGUGGGGAAUACCAUUGUCAAAUAAGUACCAUUCCACCCUUGGAAUUGACUCAUAAUUUAGAUGUUCUAUAUCCACCAAGUAUCAAAUCCCAGCCAAAAGAUGGUUUAAUAACUGUAAAAGAGGGAGAAACUGUUACUUUGGCAUGUGAUGCCACUGGUAAUCCUGCACCAACAAUAUCUUGGAAACAUGCUGGUCGUCACUACCAGAGCAGUGAUGGUAGGAGCUAUGUGAUAAAUAGUGUCAAAAAAAGUGACUCUGGAGAAUAUGAAUGCACUGCAGACAAUUCUGUGGGGGAUCCAGCUACAUCCGUUAUUACAGUAGAAGUUGUUUCCGCCCCCAAAGUGUAUCCUAAUCCUACGAGUGGACUUCUUGUGGUUAAAGAAGGUGAACAAAUUUCAAUUUCUUGCGAAGCUACUGGCGACCCAACUCCAGUUAUUACUUGGAAAACUCCUGGUGGAGAAAAGCCCCAUAAGCCUCGUGAAGAAAACAAGAUUGUUAUAUCUAAAGCAGACAGAAACCAUGCUGGUUCUUAUGAGUGUAUAGCAAACAACUCUUUGGGAAUAUUUACAUCUGCAAUCAUCAGAGUUCAAGUUUUGUACCCUCCUGAAAUUAAAGUGCCCCACUCUUCCCUUCAUGCUGGAGAAGGGACCAAUGUAAAUAUAUCUUGUAUAGUUAGAGGAGAACCGGUUCCUUCUGUGAUAUGGAAGAAUAGUGAUGAUGUUAUUGUUCAUUCUGGUGAUCGUUUCCAUGUAAAGACGUCGGGUCAUCUUCACAUGUUACAGAUUCACAACUUGAAAGAAGAAGAUUUUGGAAUGUAUGAAUGUGUGGCGAGAAAUUCUCUCAGCAGUGCAUCUGAAAGGGUUCAUAUUAUUGGUACCCCUCAAGUUCCUAUUUUCACUAGUAAACCUCAUGGUACACAAGGAACAAAAUAUACAAUAUCUUGGACCACAAACUCCCAUACACCUGUUGAUGAAUAUAGACUGAUGUACAAAGUGAAAUCAGGCAAUGGAAAAUGGGAAACUAAAGCUAUUCCUUCAAGCGAUGAGAAAGAUGGUGAUACCUAUCAGAUGUAUCAGUUGUCUGACUUAUUACCAGCUACAUCAUAUGAGGCUGUAGUAACUGCCAAGAAUAAGUUUGGAUUAAGUGAUCAAAGUGAACCUCUUAUUUUCUCUACAAAAAAAGAAGGGAAAAUUCUCAUGAAAUUGGAAAAUGUGUAG